CUUGUCAAUCUUUGACGUAGCGGCCAAUGGCAGGAGCCGACAGGCGAUACAAACUAGCAGCCGCCAUGUUGUGUCUCCGGGGGCCUCGAGGGACGUCCGGUAGUAAACAGUAGAUGACGGUACCGCCUGUUCGGCAGCUCUCAGGAACGGGACCGCAGCUGGAAGCUAUGAGUCGUCCAUCUUCAGCCGGAGGUGGGGGACUCGGGGCCGGGAAAGCAGGCGGAGGGAAGCACGGGGGAGCGGCAGGCGCCUCUGUUGCCGCAGCGGCCGCCGGCGUGAGCUCCGUGGCCGGGUCGGGGUCUGCUCCCCCUUCCUCCACCGUGUCCAUGCCGGCUACCGGCCUCGUCGGACAAUCCUCGGAGCUCACGGCGCUAUUCGAGUGCCCGGUAUGCUUCGACUACGUCCUGCCGCCUAUCCUGCAGUGCCAGGCGGGUCACCUGGUCUGUAACCAGUGUCGGCAGAAGCUGAGCUGCUGCCCGACCUGCCGAGGCCCGCUCACCCCGAGCAUCCGGAACCUGGCCAUGGAGAAGGUGGCCUCCACACUGCCGUUCCCCUGCAAGUAUUCGUCAGCCGGCUGCCCGCUGUCUCUUCACCACAGCGAGAAGCCCGAUCACGAGGAGGUGUGCGAGUUCAGGCCGUACACCUGCCCGUGCCCAGGAGCCACCUGCAAGUGGCAUGGCUCACUGGAGGCCGUCAUGCCUCACCUCAUGCACGCUCACAAGUCCAUCACCACGCUGCAGGGGGAGGACAUCGUUUUCCUGGCGACAGACAUCAAUCUGCCGGGCGCCGUCGACUGGGUGAUGAUGCAGUCAUGUUUCAGCCACCACUUCAUGCUGGUGCUGGAGAAGCAGGAGAAGUAUGAAGGUCACCAGCAGUUCUUUGCUGUCGUGCUGCUCAUCGGCACCCGGAAGCAGGCCGAAAACUUCGCUUAUCGCCUGGAGCUAAACGGCAACCGGCGCCGGCUCACCUGGGAGGCCACGCCGCGCUCCAUCCACGAUGGCGUGGCCGCCGCCAUCAUGAACAGUGACUGCCUGGUCUUCGACACCUCCAUCGCCCAUCUGUUCGCUGACAAUGGUAACCUGGGGAUCAACGUCACCAUCUCCAUGUGCUGACUGAGCCGAGGGGAGCCUCCUGCCGAGGGAGGAGUUUAGGAGGUGCAGAGUGCACCUGCUGACAGCCUCAGUUGGAGUCGUUCGAGGAGUCGGCUCAAACAGUCAGCAGCAGCCCUUUGACCUCUGUGGUCAGCUAACGAUGGACGUGGGGCAGAAUGUCCUUUGGUUACCUGUCUGGAAACGAGGGCGUCACCUCGAGCCUCCAACACUCUGCUCGAUGGAGGAACGGUCGGAUCUGCUGGUUCGACCGCAGCCAGGACGUCUGGCCUGGUUAGAGAUUAAACUCCCGAGGACUCGGUCCUCAUUGGUGGAAACAAACACUUCUCUCUGCCGAAGCAGCUCCCCCUUCCUGCGUCGGGUUAAUCGGCUUCCUGUCAGGCCGGCGUGUUCACAAUAUUCUGCUCUGCAGUUCUGGUGCUAUCAGACUGAGUUUACGUUCUUCACCAGCAGAGGCCAAAUACACCACGACUGUUACGACAUUCACAGUUAAUGGUUCAGGAAACGCUCUGAUAAGUUUACAGAGAGAUUCUGAACAUGCAGAGUUCAGCCGUGGCUUCUUUAUAGGUUAAUGUGCAGAUUAUUUAUUGUUUAGGCUUUUUUGUUGAAAGGAAGUGGAGAAUGUAAAGAUAUUUGCUUUAGUAUCACAUAUAACAAAGAAAUCAUCCAGUGAUUAUAGGACAGAGCGGAAAAUGAGUCGAACCUUGUUGCCAACAGACCAAAAAUAUUCAGGAAAUAUUAUUCAAGGUGAAUUUGACUUAUUUCAAUAAUCUCUGUGCACUGAAGGAGUUGGUGAAAACUAUCUACAUGUCCAUAGAGGUGAGGCAUGUGAACAUGUUUAUUUCUGCUGUAACGUUUUAGUAUGAAAGAGGAAAAAUGUCAUUUUAAGACUGGAAUUUAAAGCAAAAUGAGGAAUUAGACACUUUUAAUCCGAGGAAAAUGUUUGUCUGAUUCGUUAGUUUUCUUUGUCACGUGUCAGUAAAUUAAAAACUGUCAUUCUCA